GUCACUUCCCGUCUCGCAUCCAGAACUUUCUCCUACAGUGCCUUGCCUGGGACUACAACUCCCAGGAUGCACCAGGUGGAGAAGCUGGCCAAUCAGGAAGCACAUUCCCCGCCAUUACUUUCGGCCCCGCCCCACCUGCAGUCAGAGGUUUUGUGAGAGUUGGCUGGCCAGUGGCUCUGAAGUGAGUGAUACAGGAUGAAUUUCUGGACUCAGGAGAAAGCAGAGAUGUUUAAGAAUAAUGUUACUGACCAUAAGCUAAACAUGGAAGCCAUAAUUAAAAACAUUAACAUGAUUUCUUUGGAGUUGAAGAAGAUGCAAGAGCUCUCCCAGUUGCUGCUUUGUGACCUUACUUUACAUUUUAAUCAUCCUCUGAAGACAGAUGACUUAGAGGAAACAGAAGGAAAACCGCCCCUCUUUGAUGAAUCUAAAAUAUCAGAUGUGUCCUUUGCUUCUAACAGCUUUUCUGUCUGAUUUCUUUUUGUUUGUUGUGAAUUUAUAACUGUAUUUAUUGUGGACUUAACACAUAUUUGGGAGAAUUAAGUUUACUAAUAUAUUUAAUAUGAUAAAAAACAAAAUAAAAAUAUGAAUUGUAAAUAAUCA